AUGCCCAUAGUGGACAAGCUGAAAGAAGCCCUCAAGCCUGGGCGGAAGGACUCUGCUGACGAUGGCGAACUGGGCAAGCUGUUGGCUGCUUCCGCCAAGAAGGUUUUGCUGCAGAAGAUCGAGUUUGAACCAGCCUCCAAAAGCUUCUCCUACCAGCUGGAGACGCUGAAGAGCAAAUACGUCCUAUUGAACCCCAAGACAGAAAACCCCAGCCGACACAGGGGCUCUGAAGAGGGACCCAUCCGGAAGCAAGGUGCGCCCCUAUUCUGGGGGGAAUGGUUCUGUGGGAAUGGGGGUGCAUGUGUGCCCGGCCUCGCUGACUUCCCCUGUUCUUCUUCCUCUCUGGCAGGCAGUGAGCACACCUUGGGAGGAGAUGGAGUUCCAGCCCCGCAGAAGGUCCUCUUCCCUGUGGAGCGCCUCUCUCUGAAAUGGGAGCGGGUGUACCGUGUUGGAGCCGGUCUCCACAACCUGGGCAACACCUGCUUCCUCAACUCCACCUUGCAGUGUCUGACGUACACCCCACCUCUUGCUAAUUACCUGCUUUCCAAGGAGCACAGCCGCAGUUGUGAGUGUGGGGUGUUUGGUUGCAUGUGGAAUGGCUGGUGCCCCUUGGCAAAGCUUGCAUGUCGUCUGUCUCUUUUCACUUAAGAGUUGCAGGUAGCAAAGGCUUCAGCAGCCUCCUGCUUUUCAUCUGAGUGCCACUCUGCUGAGGCUUUCAUGAGAGAUGGGCCAGGAACAGCAAUGCAUAAUGCUCAGUCCUUAAUGGUGGUAAAACAGGAGCACCACGGCUAAGAAACUGAACUGUGAAUCGCAGUGUUUCUGGUUCAGAUUUUGCUGUGCCAUAAACUGACCUUUGGUCAAGCUGUUCCCUUUUAACCUCAUCCUCCCCAUCUCUUGUAUGGCUUUUAUAAUGCCCCAAACUACCUUUCAGGGUUGGGAUACACAUUAUAAAAAGACAGUGCAAGUGAAGUGCUUGUGACCACUUCAAGCUGCUGUGCAGAAGCUUAAGUGUUACUAUAACCCUUUGAAGCCACUCCAAAAUCCUGCACAAGAGAAAUUGGACCCUCAUCUUUCUGAGUCUUGGUUUUCUCACAGCCACAAAAAAAUCAUGUUCUGUUAUGCUGCAAAUCUGCAUGUUUUUCAUUGGAAAGAACAUUUACUCCAUGCAAGGGCUAAAAAAUUUCUUAUUCCGUCGUGUUCCCCUCUUUUCAGAAAUUGUCUCAGGGUUUCAGCGAGGGGAGAAAUUGAAACAUUUUGGUUUGAAGCCUGCUUUUUGAAUGGAUUUCUUGUAUGAGAAAAUGCUUCCUGGGAAUUAUAGUAUUAAAAAAUAUGCUUCCACUUGGCUGUGUUUGGAGAGAGGGGCUUGAACGAUGGAGCAUUAUUUGGCCCUUGUUUCCCAUGUUGUCAAAGUCUUGGGGCACCCCUUGUGACAAGAGGGGGCUGUAUUGUGCCCAGCCACAAGAAAGGGGUUGCAUUGUUAUGUGAGCUUGAGGAGGGGGUUCUGCUUGAAACAUGGUGCUGGUGGGAUUGGGAAAAGAUGGUGUGUGGAUCCAAGGUCAAAUAACAGGCAGUGCGCCUUGUCCCCUCCACAGUUCUGCAGCUGGCAGUUCCCUUGCAGCCCUGUGCACUCAUCCUUGCAGUCAGGGCCUGGGAGGCUGUGCUAACAGCUGCAAAGGAGCAGAGCCAGCACUUGGUUGCACGAGAACUGCUGCUCUAAGCAUCCGACUCAUCCUUGUUAGAGGAGCGCUGACUCCUAGUUAGGGGAGUGGACCUGAAUGGAGGGAGGCGGGUGGACAAAAGAUGUCCCUCCCAAAAAAAGGGGAGGGAUGAGGAGGAACUGUUUGGAUUAGGGCAAAUACUGCUUUGCACCUACUUGCCGGCUUGUUGUUCAGGCUUGAGAAAUUUCACACAUGGCUGUAGCGUUUUGGUUCCCUGAGCAUCUCAGCCUAGUGGACUGCAUUUCUGUGUACUUUAUGAUGUGCGUGCAAUGGGGCUAGGAAACUAUUCCCUGCAUCUAAGUGGUCUGUUCAUGUAAGCUAUUCUAGCAAGGGGUUGUUGAUGCUGUGACCAUGGAGGAGAUGCCUGCACAAGCGAUGGGGAUCCUGUGCCCCUCCAAAUAAUGUUGGGCUCCUAAUCCCAUCAGCCCCAGCUAGCAUGGUCAGGGGUGGUGGGAGCCCAACAGCAUCUGUGGCCCCACAUGUUCCCCACCCCUAGCCUACAGGUAAGUGCAGGCUCUGCCCUCCACUUCAAUUUGUGCAUUGAUUAUAUCAGUGAGUAGCUUUCCUUGUCACCUUAAAUUGCCUCCAGCAGAGAAGAGGCAACUUUUUUCUUGAUUGCGUAUGCAGCUACUUCUGCAGAUGGUUAAUCAUGAAGCAAGAGCGGUACAUGGCCCUCAAUGCCCGCUUUUCUCUUUCGUUUCCUUUGUCGCCAUUGGCCAGCAGGUUAUUUAUUUAGUAAUGGCUGCCAAAAUGCCCUUCUCCUGGGCUGAGCUCUACUCAUGGGUUUUCUGGCUCUGUGAGAGUUGCUCCGUCAGACCUUUGUCCGGUGCAGCCUUUGCAUGAAUUCAUUCCUGAUCUCUUCUCUUGCAGGCCACCAGGGAGGCUUCUGCAUGAUGUGCGUUAUGCAGAAUCACAUGAUACAGGCUUUCGCCAACAGUGGCAAUGCCAUCAAGCCGGUGUCCUUCAUCCGAGAUCUCAAAAGUAAGCAGCUGAGGGAGCUUUGUUUUGAUGAGGUUGUACAGUGCCGUUGUGAUGCAUCUCACCAGUACAUACAGGGAAAGGGGCCAAAGAUCUCUUUGUUUGAAGUGUUGACUGUAGAUCGUGUGUGUGUGUGUUUGUAUACGCAUGCCAUACACUGCAUUGAAAAAGCCAGGUGCGCAGAUCUCCCCAUUGUGGAGCUAAGUCUGAAGACGUGGCAGCUGGGCGUGCAGAUAAAUAAAUACAUAAAUAGAUUAGAGCUAUUUCUGGCGCUUCUUUCGUUUCUUUUAACCAUCCAACUGAGGUUGCCGGUAUUUAAGAAACUACGAAAGGGAGAUUGAAAUGCGCUAUAUGCUGUCCCCAUCAGCAUUUUGCUUAGUUAUGUUGAGUUCUGCAGAAUCUAGAAUAGUUUGAGGUUGUGUGCGCGCACGCGCUAAUAAGCUUCAUGUAAUUCCUGUGCCCCGGUCAAGUGUCAGCGAUGCCUGUUACCUUGGCAUGAGCUUGACCUGUGCUGGGCGGGCAUAGGAAGCCAAACUUCAGAGUCCUUUUCCUCCGUCUGGCAGAGAUUGCUCGUCACUUCCGCUUUGGCAGCCAAGAGGAUGCUCACGAGUUCCUGCGCUACACCAUUGAUGCCAUGCAGAAGGCCUGCCUCAAUGGUUACACCAAGUAUGCACAGCUCCCUGUCUCUGGGGUUGGGAGGGUCAGGGCCGUACUUUUCACUUGGUCGCAAAGAGAUGGGCAGGUGGAGAUCUUGCCACCUUCCCCUGUUGUGUAAGCAGCAUCUUGGAAGCAUGAACCUUCACAGGUGGAAUGUGGGUGGGGGAAGGGGGGGCAUGCUGGGUAAGUCACCACUCAGCUAACGGUGGCUGCUUCUCCUUUGCCCAAGGAAGCAAAAGCUAGUAAUCCUCCCUGGAGAGGAAAGCCCUAAGGGCUGCUUUUGUGUCCCUGCCACUGUUGAGGCCCCAUAUUGCUUCAGGAAGGUGUUCUCCACUCUCUCCUUAACCCUUGGCUGCUUUUCUUCCCAGGCUGGACCGCCAGACCCAGGCUACCACAUUGGUGCACCAGAUCUUUGGCGGCUACCUCCGAUCUCGUGGUGAGCACAGCUUUAGCCCGGUACCUUUCACGCCCUUUAGGCUUGAAGCGUUGACCAAGUCCUAGUGAUAACUCUACAACUCCAGCUUUUCCUUCAUUGCCCAGCUGCGCUUCUGCAAUGCCCACCUGACUUGUGGGCGCACACAGCUGCUGAUGUCCCAAUACCGGGAGAGUUUCCUGUGGGCUUCCUUUGGCCUCUGCCCAGGUUUUGAAGAGGAUAUUGGGAAUCGGGGGAUUUAGCUGCUUCCCGUGCUGGUUUUGCUAGCUGCCGAGGUGGAAGCGUUGAUGUCUCGGAAGUCCCGUCGUGAAAUAUGACCUUGGCAGGCAGCUGAGGCCAUGAAGAGUAGGCAAGCAACUGUUCUGCUUUCUUUGCAGUGAAAUGCUCCGUGUGCAAGAGUGUUUCGGACACUUACGACCCCUUCCUGGAUGUGGCUUUGGAGAUCAGGGUAUGCCAGUGUUAAAUCAACGCUUUCCCAUUUUAUUUCUUUUCCAUGGUAGGCCUAAAGAGGGACAUAAGCCGGCAGGGGAUUUGCAAAUAUGAGCAGAUUCAUGGUGCUUUCCUACUUAUACAUGAGCGCUGCGUGUAGGGAGGCAUAUAGCAUGCCCUGAAGUGUAGCGAGCAAGUGGCAUAUAGGUACUCGGUUGCCUGUGCACGGCUGAUGUAUAGAAAAUGAUAAUAAUGAUGGGGUGGGGUGGGGAACCUGUUGCCCUCCAGAUGUUGCUGGACUUGCCACCCAACAUGGCCAAUAGUGAGGGAUGAUGGGAGUUGGAGUCCAACAAUAUCUGGAGGGACAGAGGUUCUCCAUACACUGGGCAGGAAAAGAAAAUGGCAUCCCAUCUAAGCUAAGCUAACAGUAGCCGGGGAGGUAAUGGGUGAAUAGAACCACUUCCUAAAUAAUAAUAAUAAUAAUAAUAAUGUAUUAUCUAUUAUUUAUACCCCGCCCAUCUGGCUGAGUUUCCCCAGCCACUCUGGGCGGCUUCCAAUUGAGUGUUAAAAACAAUACAGCAUUAAAUAUUAAAAACUUCCCUAAACAGGGCUGCCUUCAGAUGUCUUUUAAAGAGAAGAUAGCUUCUUAUUUCCUUCACAUCUGGAGGGAGGGCAUUCCACAGGGCGGGCGCCACUACCGAGAAGGCCCUCUGUCUGGUUCCCUGUAACCUCACUUCUUGCAAUGAGGGAACCGCCAGAAGGCCCUCGGCGCUGGAUCUCAGUGUCCGGACUGAACGAUGGGGGUGGAGACGCUCCUUCGGGUAUGCAGGACCAAGGCUAAAGAACUAAAGAGACAUCAUUAAUAAUAAUAAUAAUAAUAAUAAAUAAUUAAUAAUUAUUAAUAAUAUAAUGAUGACAACAACAACAAUUUUAUUGUUUAUAUGCUGCCCAUCUGUCUGGGUUUCCCCAGGUGCUCUUUUCAGAGCUUACCUGAGUGUAGGUAUAACCUGAGCUUUGGUGUGAUUUCUGUAUGAAUGUCCCUUUUCUGUUUCUGAUUACAGCAGACUGCCAACAUCGUGCGGGCAUUAGAGUUGUUUGUAAAGGCUGACGUGCUAAGUGGAGAGAAUGCCUACAUGUGUGCCAAGUGAGUUGCCUUCCUCUUGACCUAUCCAUCCCUCCUGUUUGGCACCUUUUCUUUUGCAUAAUGACGCCUUUAUUUAUUUAUUUAUUUAUUAUUUAAAAAAAACAGAAGCGUAUUUCUAGAAUGGAAGUGCUAACUUAUGAGGUCAGGCAAAUAUGUUCUGCUCCACAGCUUCAGUAACUGCUGACUCAUGCUUUAAAAAAAAAAAUCUGUGGGAAAAAGAAAAGGGAGGGGACUAGGCUCACCUCUUAGCUAUUUCCAAAGUGAUGAAUUGGGUUGGUGGUGGGAAUAACGAAGCAGAAGAGAAGUUUGGGUAUGUAUCUUCACAGUGUGUGGUGUGUUUUUUAAAAAUUUGGUGCAUCUGCCUUCUACAGUGGUACCUCAGGUUACAGACGCUUCAGGUUACAGACUCCGCUAACCCGGAAGUAGUACCUCGGGUUAAGAACUUUACCUCAGGACGAGAACAGAAAUCGCAUGGUGCCAGCGAGAGGCCCCGUUAGCUAAAGUGGUGCCUCAGGUUAAGAACAGUUUCAGGUUAAGAACGGACCUCCAGAACGAAUUAAGUUCUUAACCCGAGGUUCCACUGUACUUGAAACCAAGCCAUUUCCCUGAUGGUUUCAAGGCAGCCUGCAGGGCAAAGGAUGCUAGCUUCAAAUGCAGGGAAAGACUUAAUAGCCUUCCCCACCCCCUGGUCUCAUGAGGCGGCAAUUGUGCAUCUGCAUAGCAGGAGGGAAGUUCUCAGGGCAUCCCCCAUUUUCACUGAGCCUUGCAAGGAGGAGCCAGACUUUGUUGAUCUUUCCUCUUCUCUGUGCCAGGUGCAAGAAGAAGGUGCCAGCCACCAAGCGCUUCACCAUUCACCGGGCAUCCAACGUCCUCACCAUCUCGCUCAAGCGCUUCGCCAACUUCAGCGGGGGCAAGAUCUCCAAGGUGCGUGGCGAUCUGGAAAGCGGGGAGGGGGCACAAAGACAUCCCUACUCCCCUGGAAGAGGGUUUGGAGGAGCGCUCGUGGCUGCUGUCUUUCUGACCUUUUAAGGGUCAGUAUAAAAAAGAAAGUGACAGAACCGAGAAAUUACACAAAACAAAUGAAAUACCGUGAAAAUCCCUGAAACAAGAAGUAAUCGACUAGAAAUAUUAUCUUAUAAAAUUAAACUAAAUAACGAAAAUCAAGAAGUUUAAGAAAAAAAAUAGAAAAACCUAGAAUUGAACAAAGCCUUAAUGGGAUACCAGCUACAAACCUCAUUUCACUGAACUAUUCAGUUUCCUCAGCAGGAAAUAGAGAAAUCAUAAACCUUAAAUGACCAAAUUCAAAGAAAGGGGGUAAAUCUCCUAAAAAUUCUGAAGUACUAUAAUCCUAGCUGGACCUAGGUGAAGCAAAGUGCAGUAAUAAAGGAUUGAGGACUCAGAGGUACAGUUUCUAAAACUGAGUUUACAAAAGAGGUUUGAAAACCUAAAUGGCAAGUUUUAGACACAGCCCAACUUGAAGAAAGCCAAGCACAGUAAUAAAGAAUUGAGGACUGAGCUGUGAAAAUUUUUGUAUUGCCUUUACAAAAAGGUUUAAAAAACAAACAAAAACAACCUAAAUGGACAAAUUCGAAGAAAGGAAUACAAGAUAAGCGGUUUUAGAUUUUAAACAAACUCAAGAACAGGGCUGAAAAGCUCCCAUGGUCUAGAUGUUACUGCUGAUGUUGAAGACUGAUUAUAGUACUUUAGAUUUUUUGGGAGAUUUACCCCCUUUCUUUGAAUUUGGUUAUUUGAGGUUUAUGAUUUCUCUAUUUCCUGCUGAGGAAACUGAAUAGUUCAGUGAAACGAGGUUUGUAGCUGGCAUCCCAUUAAGGCUUGGUUGAAUUCUAGGUUUUUCUAAUUUUUUCCUUAAACUUUUUGAUUUUUGUUAUUUAGUUUAAUUUUAUAAGAUAAUAUUUCUAAUUGAUUACUUCUCAUUUCAGGGAUUUUCAUGGUAUUUCAUUUGUUUUGUGUAAGGUUUUUUAAGGCUGGCUUUCUUAAGAGCGUAGAAGUCUCCAAAAACUGUCAGCCUAGGGACCACUUGUGUUUCCUGGAUCAGAUGCUGCCUUUGUUUUCCUGUUUACGCACCAGCAUUCUCCGCUAAGAGGCAGACUCCGAGCGGGUGGGACAAAUCCCCAUGGAUGCCUUCCCUUUUCCCUUGCAGGAUGUUGGCUACCCUGAGUUCCUGAAUAUCCGCCCCUACAUGUCUCAGAGCAACGGUGAUCCUGUCAUGUAUGGCCUCUAUGCUGUGCUGGUACAUUCAGGAUACAGCUGCCAUGCGGGGCAUUACUACUGCUACGUCAAGGUGAGUCCUUUCGUCUGUUGUCAAAGGGCAGCCUUGGCAGCGGAGAGGGGUGCUUUGCACCCCAGGCUGUGGGGUGGUAAUGUGAAGCAUUGGCAAGCAUCAGUGUGGAAGGCUGAACUGCGUGAAUGCUCUAAGUGUGUCUAGCUAUCUUGCUUGGAAUUCCUGCUAUCUCACUGCUGGCAUUCGGAGUGGCCAGGCUUUUAAUGCUGCUUUCUCCAGAGGUUCAACAGCAAAGAAUCUUGGUGAUUGCAGAUGGUGCAUCUCUGGAGCUCUGAUGUUCAUGUCCAAAUGUUAUAAGUUGGCUGGAAGUUGUAGGAGGCAGCCUGCUGGAAAAACAUUCUCUCCAGCGGGUGCAGAAUGCCACAGUGAGACUCCUUACAGGGUCCUCACUGCAGGAUCACAUUCACCUGGUGCUAUACCACUGGCUCCCGGUGCAGUACAGGAUCAGGUUUAAAGUGCUGGUUUUAACCUUUAAAGCCCUAUACGGCCUAGGACUCUCGUACCUAUGGGACCGCCUCUCCUGGUAUGUCCCACAGAGAAACUUACGGUCUUCAAACAAAAACAUCUUGGAGGUCCCGGGCCACAGGGAGGUUAGGCUGGCCUCAACCAGAGCCAGGGCUUUUUCGGCUGUGGCCCCGAUCUGGUGGAACGUUCUGUCACAAGAGACUAGGGCCCUGUGGGACUUGACAUCUUUCCGCAGGGCCUGCAAGACAGAGCUGUUCCACCAGGCCUUUGGUCUGACCCCCUCCUUUGGUAAUCCUCACAGAACUCUAGCCCAAUGGUUGCCAUUAAUUUGAUUUUGAACUGAUGUUAAAAUGAAUUGAUUUUAGAAUGCUGUGUUACUUUUAUUGUUGUUAGCCUCUUUGAGCCCGGCUUUGACUGGGGAGGGUGGGAUAUAAAUAAAUUAUUAUUAUUAUUAUUAUUAUUAUUAUUAUUUUAUUAUCUCUAGCACAAGAAUUAUCCAACCGUUUAUUGACCUAGUUGGCAUUAUUCCUACCCAUAGUAGCCAGCUAGAUGGCAAAGGGGAAGUUUAGAAGUGGGGUAACUAACCUCCCUAGGGUUAUUCUCCAGCUCUUGGUAUUGUUAUCAGUGCAUGUGGAUGUUGGAUUCCUGGCUAUCAUGACUUGCAGCCACUGGUACAUCUGUUCAUGAAUUUUGUUUGUUUCCCAAAUUUGGGUGCCCAGCUGUUUUUGGACUGCAGUUCCCAUCAUCCCUGACUUCUGGACUUGCUAGCUAGGGAUGAUGGGAGUUGUAGUCCCAAAACAGCUGGGGACCCAAGUUUGUGAAACAUUGACCUAGUCCCUUUUUCCGAUGGAGCUUAUGCCUACCUUUGAUGGUGUGGAGUGCUUCUUCCCCUCCUGCCUAACGCUACCCUUCUGUGCUGUGUUGUAGCUACAAAUCCUCCUUCCUAUCCCAUUUUCAGGCUAGUAAUGGGCAGUGGUACCAGAUGAACGACUCAAUGGUGCAUUCGAGCAACAUCAAAGUUGUCCUCAAUCAACAGGCAUAUGUGCUUUUCUAUCUUCGGUAAGUGGGACAUGAUAUGGGACCUGCCGUUGGCCACCUCUCUUCAUGCCUGUUUCUUGGGGUGCCCUUCAAUCCACCCGUCACCUUUCUGCUAAUCAAGUGGAGUGGAGAGGAGCAGAAGUCCAUUUUUUUUUAAUGGAGGGAGAAGCAGGCUGGGGUGAACUGGGGGCGAUGAUAAUAACACGGUUGUUGCUAAUGCUGGGAAGCACCCUUGCCAUUCUUAACCUGUCACUGUUUUAGCAGGGUCCCCACUACUUCUGCUGAUGUCGUUUCCUUUUCAUGUUGCUGUGCUGUAAUCGCUAAAUAUCAUCUCAUGUAAAUGAUCAAAAUAUGCAGAGGGAAGCAGAGUCCCUGGCAGUGGUGCACAAAUAGUAAAUAGCAGUGAAAAGCCCAAUAAUAUGUACCUUUUAUAAAAGAAACUCUAAAAACCAAGUGUGUUUAGACCAGAGGUCGGCAACCUAAGGCCCAUGGGGAGGUCUGCCGGGGAGUAGACUAGCCCGGUCUCAAAAAACGUUGCCAACCCCUGGUUUAGACCCUCUUUCAAUAAAGUCUUUCUCUGUGAUAAAAUGUACAUCAAUGCUAAUUUGUAGCCGCUCUGCCAAACUGUUCAAAGGCCAAUAUAUACUAGAAUACAAUUAAAAAAUAAUAAUCUUGCUAUUCAGUUUUUGCACUGCCCUUUUUUGUUGAAGUCUUCAGUUUAUGAAUGAUCUCACACCAACAUCUGUAGAGGUGCGGUGUUUUUCCGUUGAUAAUUUGUAAUCAAUAAUAAACCCUGGUGUUACAUUUUCAUGCAGUACUUCAAAUGCUGCAACAGUUUGUAUUGUACUCUUGCAUGCUGUCCAUUGAAUGAUUUGAGGGCCCUAUGCAUUAGCAAUGUACAAUCUAUAGCUGGCAAAGGGUUACAUAAGUCGAGAUGUUUUUGCGUUUUAGAUAUUCCUUUGUGUGCAUAUUGUUUUCUGUUGGGCUUUUUGGGUUGUUUACUGUUUUAUGGUUUAAAGUUGUUUCCUUAACUUCUCUAUUUGCUUUCCUUUUUUAAAUCUAAGACCAAACAAAUACUUCUGUAUUCUUUUGUAUUUGUAAACUGUAGCGCAGUGGUAGGGAACCUCAGACCUGUGUCCCAAAUUAGGUGCUCCAGGACCUUCCCAUUUGGCCUGCAAUGUGGCUUUUUUGGGAGGGGAGGGGGGAGGAAGCCCUUCUCAUCACUUCAUGCCAGCGCAUAAAUGGUGUCGCUCUGGUGUCAAAUUCCAAAGAAAUGCUUUAUAGAGCACACUAUAAAUGUGUGUUAUAGUUGUUAGGGUACCUGAUGUCAUUGUGGUGUCUCUGGUGACUGAUAAAUGGGCAGCCCUGCCUACCCGUCGGAAUGGAUUGCAGAGGGUGCCCCAAUUCUUGGCCCGGAUGAUUUGCCAGAUCCAAAAUAGGCUCACCUUGGCUCAUCAGCCACACCCAGUUCCCCACCUUGGCUGUAAUGUAAUCCUUCAUACUGAAGAAGGUUCACAGCACCUGCAUUCUCUUGCCAAAGAUCAUGGCUUUAAUCCCUGCCCUAUUAAACCUUGCUGCCUUGGUUGCAUGAUCCUGCUCUGUGCUGGGAACCGGAUUGUGCAGCCAAUGCAGGAUUGAAAGCUGUCCUAUCAUCCAUCAGCUGACAACACCGGUGACAUCAGCUGAUGGGCAGGUGGGUGUGGUUUGGAGGAAAUGGCCUCCCUGAGCUAAAUUAGUCCUGGUGCGCCAAGAUUGGCCUAAGAGCUAGAGGUUCCCCACCCCCCUGGUCUGAAGAGUAGGGUGACCUCUAAAAAUAGUGAUAGCGAUAAAGUACAAGUUCCUCCUUCUUCUUCCCCCUUUUCAAGGAUCCCAAGUACCAGGAAGAAUUCUGAGGGGACCAUCUCCAAAAGCACAUGCCCUGCAUCCAACCGGGCAAGCAUAGUCUCCGACCACAUGAAGAAAAGCAUGACCAAUGGUGCCCUUGCGUCACCGCUGAUGAGCAAGGUGAAUAUCUGCAUAGUCCGCCUGCCAUCCAGAAUUUCCCACCGUCGGAACUGUGUGUACUUUGAACUUCAAAAGGAAAGGGAAAAGUCUUAAGCUGAGCAGUGCAGAUUCUGGGCUGAGGAGAAACAAAACCCAGUGAUCUGAAAAAACAACCCCAAAGUAAAUUGAGAGCGAGUACCCUGAAGCUCUCUUCAGCUACUGAAAAAUAUUACGCAGUCUCCUCUUUGGCUUGGUGACGCGGUUUCAGGUUAAGAAUAGAACUCUGGAAUGAAUUAAGUUCGUAACCGGAGGUACCACUGUACUGGGGGUGGGUGGCGCUGUGGGUAAAACCUCAGUGCCUAGGACUUGCCGGGUGGCGCUGUGGGUAAAACCUCAGUGCCUAGGACUUGCCGAUCGUAUGGUCGGCGGUUCAAAUCCCCGCGGCGGAGUGAGCUCCCGUCUUUCAGUCCCAGCUCCUGCCCACCUAGCAGUUCGAAAGCACCCCUAAGUGCAAGUAGAUAAAUAGGUACCGCUUUGUAGCGGGAAGGUAAACGGCGUUUCCGUGUGCUGUGCUGGUGCUGGCUCGCCAGAGCAGCUUCAUCACGCUGGCCACGUGACCCGGAAGUGUCUCUGGACAGCGCUGGCCCCCGGCCUCUUAAGUGAGAUGGGCGCACAACCCUAGAGUCGGACACGACUGGCCCGUACGGGCAGGGGUACCUUUACCUUUUUACCCUGAAGCUCUCUUCAGCUACUGAAAAAUAUUACGCAGUCUCCUUUUUGGCUUGGUAUGUUAUCCGCACACUUUUCAUCAGCAGCCAUAAGUGCAAGUUUUUUUGGUUUUUUUGGGGGGGGGGAAUUGAACUUGAAAGCAUACAAAUGCACUGCAGCAGGCAGGCAGACAGCCCAAGACACUUAUGAAUAGUGGGGAGUGUACUACAAAAGAUUGAUGAAAUUGUUGGGUUGAUGCUUCUGAUGCAGUCACAAAACUGGCAUUUUGAGUGUUAAUUUGUGGAGGAACUAAAGCCUUGUUCUGCCCCUGCAGCCUGAAGUGGUACAAUCCACUCACAGGUUUACCACUUCUGUGGAUUGUACCACUUCAGGCUGCAGGGGGGAAGGCUCACAUGCCUGAAUGUUUCUUUGCCUAGAAAACAAGAUGGCAGCGAGAGGUUUGAGCCUAGCCGUUUCCCUAGCAUUCCAACUUCCUAUGUGAAGUACAUCAAAAUAACGCAAAAAUGGGGGUGCGUUCCCUCACACGAGCCCUCUCCUGUGGUGUCAGUUGGUAAGGUCAAGGAAGUUAUUCGUUUUACCCCCAGUACAGUGGUACCUCCGGUUACGAACUUAAUUCGUUCCAGAGUUCCAUUCUUAACCUGAAACCGUUCUUAACCUGAAGUACCACUUUAGCUAAUGGGGUCUCCCGCUGCCGCUGCACCACCAGCACACGAUUUCUGUUCUCAUCCUGAGGUAAAGUUCUUAACCCGAGGUACUACUUCCAGGUUAGCGGAGUCUGUAACCCGAAGUGUUUGUAACCUGAGGUACCACUGUCCUCUUAGUAGCAGCUGAGUAUUUAACUAUUCCAGGCAUUUGUUUAAACCAGUGGGACUUGGCAUCUGUGAACCUGCUGUGUUCAUACAGUAUAUGAAAUAAAAUCAAACCAGGCAUUUUGGUCUCUGGGUAGUUUUAAUGUAACAUAAAUUUUUUUAAAGGAGAGGGAAUUUUACCAAGUCUUGGUAUAGCAGUAAUCCAAAUCACCAAGAUCAAAAAUCUUCCAGAACCUGGCAAUUGUAGCAAUCAAGACAGUUCUCUCCUGUUUUGAGAAUAAGGUCAGAGCCCACCGACUUGAAUGGUAAUAAAUGCAUCAGUUGCUUCCCAGCGGAUCAGAUGGGGGAAAUCUUAACCCUGAGUAACGUGUAAGUGAACUGCAUGACUUUCAUGCAGCUAGAUAACCUUAUAUGCUGUCUGCUUAUACAUCUGGCAGUUUGCGGGUAUUGUGUUUGGAUUGGUCUGAACAGUUUAUUGAGCAGGGGGAGCGGUUCCCAUUUUGUGGUGUUGGCUCUCCACCUGUCUUCGUUCAACACCUAUUAUCUUCUGUCACUACAGAGGCAAGAUGUGACGCAGGCCAGGAAGACGUUGGACCCUGAGGAACCUGGCGUCCCUGUUCCUCGCAGCACCUUUGCUUCCAACUCCAAACCCCAGAACGGGACGCUUCCUCCUUCUCCUCAUCCGAAGCUCAUCCCUGCUGUUGGGUUCUCCUCACCUAAGCUCCCUGCCAAGCUGUCUUUCCUAGACGACUUCAGCAAGAGGUCCAAGAAGCAGCCUCUCCUGCCACUCAAAACAUCUCAGGACUUCAGUGAGGUCACCAGUGUCAGGGUGGAGAUGGGCAAGCAGAGCUCCUGGGGGGACAAGGGCUUGGCAUUGUCUUCACAGCCGCCAGAGGCUCCCAGAGGAGACCCCGAGGCCAAAGUUCGUGAGGAAGGCCCAGAGGUGCCGAGCAAGGCCUCCUCGCCUUUGACUUCUUCCUCCUCAUCUUCUUCCUCCUCGUCCUCUUCAAGCAGCUCCUUUUCCUCCAGUCCAGCACAUCGCCCAGCCAAAGGACUCCCGCAGGCCACGAUGGGUGUCAACGGCUACUGCUCCUCUCAGGAAUCGGACUGUGCCUCUGGGAAACCUGUUUCCGAGGACUCCAAGUUUGCCAAGCUGAAGUCGCCUUUGCUGGCUAAUGUGACCAAUCUGGAGCUGGGAAAUACCAUGUCCCCCCCACCUGCAAAAAAACUGGCCCUCUCUGCCAGGAAGGUGCGUUUUAGGGGUACUUUACCUCACCUACCUCCAAAAUGGUGGCAAAAGGAGUGGUGAUUUGGGGGGUGGGGUGGGGUAGAUUCAGGCAGGGGGCAUUUCAGGCUGCAGACUCAAUCGCGUAUCAUGCAAUCGUAGAGUUGGAAGGGAUCAUCUAGUCCAGGGUUUCCCAAACAUGGGUCUCCAGCUGUUUCUGGACUACAACUUCCAUCAUCCCUAGCUAGCAGGACCAGUGGUCAGGGAUGAUGGGAACUGUAGUCCAGAAGCAGCUGGAAACCCAAGUUUGGGAAACUGAUCUAGUCCAACCCCCUGCAAGGCAGGAAUAUUUUGCCCAAAGUGGGGCUCGAACCCACAACCAUGAGAUUCAAGAGUCUCAUUCUUUACCAGCUGAGCUGUUUUGUAGGUAGGAGCCCAGGGAGAUUCAUCACCUGGCCAGCUUGUAAGCCCCAAGUACUUUCUGACUACCCUCCAUUGUUGCAUACUUGGGGGCAGUACUACGGCCCACACAUAAUGCUAAGUCAAAUCAUGGCUUAGUGUGAAAAAGCAAAUGUGCAGGUUCCCUGAUUCAAGGAUUGCAGCCACAGCACUCCUCUUGUGCUGCCCAGGGCAGAGCAGUGGCUUGGCCCAGGUUCAGAUGCCGUUCUAAGCCAAACCAUGGCUUGGUCCUGGGUAGCAUGGCAGCAAGCAGAACCCGGGGAGGAGCAAAGCGGCUGAGAUGUCCACUCCCGGAACCGGCGUGCGCCCUAUUCGUGCUCAGCCAUGGUUUGGCUUGAUUCUACCUGCGAACAAGCUCAGUAUUCUUUUAAGCAGGUGUCUUGCCUUGCGAAUGCAUUCUGUGCAGGGGGACCCUGUUUCCCCAGACUCUAGGGGAGAAACUUGUGUUCUGUAGAGCUGGUCUCCCCUCAUUCUUGCCCCUUCAAAUCCUCUUGCUUGGUGAGGCCCAUAUUAAAGGAGGCAUUUCGCUGCUCACAGGGCCAGAGCAGAGAGACCCUGGCUGGUUCUUUUCGUUCCUCUCUUUGGAAACAAGGAAGAUGGGAAGGUGCCUGUUGCCCAUUGUUUUAUUCUAACACUGUUCUGUCUUUAUACAUGUCCUUCCUUCUUUUCCCUUUGUUUCUAACAGCAAACACUUUUCUGAUUCUUUUUCCCUGUCCCACCCCCACCUGUUCUUUUGUUUUCCCCCUCCCCUCUCUUCUUGCUCUGCCCCCUGGGGUUACGGAAACCUCUUUUUAGACCACCAAGUUUUUAUUUAUGUCAAUAACUACAGGGCAGCAACACACUGCAGAAACUGAGCAGCAGUGAGCGCCUGGCGCCGCCCCACCCUCCACCAGCUGCUACAAAAACCACCCACCCCGUCUGUGCCGCUGCGCUCGACUAUCCCAGGUGAGCUCCCAGGGCCCUUGCGGGGGUGGGGGGCGGUCAUAACCCUGGCCUGGCUUUCUGAACCCUGUCCUUGCUAUGUGGCUCUUUGGCUUGUCAUAAUAAGUCACUGUAGCGUUUGGUACUUUUCUGAAGCAAAGCCUUUCUGGAUUUGAGGGUGUUGCUGCAAUUGCUAACAUGUGCCUUGAAGCCCACCUGUUACUGGGUGUUGUGUCUGGUUUGGGUGCUUUGGGCAAAUGGACAGGGAAUGAGAAACAUCACCCCGCUUGGACAUUAUGUGUGAGAGCAGCCUCUGUGUUUUUUUAAUUUGUGUUUUACACACACACACACACUGGUACCUCUGGUUGCGAACGGGAUCUGUUCCGGAGGCCCUUUUGUGACAUGAAAAGAGCGCAACCCGCAGUGGUGUGUCUGUGCGCACACGGGUUGUGAUUCCCCGCUUCUGUGCAUGCGCACGGCGUCAUUUGGCACGUCUGCGUAUGCGUGAGCCUGACAUGUGGUCAUACAGGCUGCUAUUGCUAUAAGGCGGACUGUCAUUUUGAGAUCUUCUUGGGGGUCCCACAAUUCCUUUAAAAUAGCCAGAUAAUACUACCGCUAAAACAGGUGCAUGCAGGGCUGCCUUCUAUUCUGGGCACCUUUCUGUGGCAAAAGUGGGGCGAGCUAGGAAUGUAAAUUUUGUCCUUGCACAGUAGGCAAGUUUCUAAAUACACUCAUGCACCCCUCUAGAAUCCUACAUCCAGGCAACCGGAGUUCGAUGGCACAUACCAACCAGAUAAAAACCCUUGAGAGGGUAUGAAGUAGGACUGGCAAGGGCUGUGGCUCGGGGAGAGGGAUCGUGGCCCACGGAUGCUCGUGAGGGCCAUAUCAAGGCCUAGAGUGGCCGCAUCUAGCCCCUGUGCCUGAGGUUCUGCAUCCAUCUAGUAAGGGCUUUCUUGGUAAUUCAUAAUCCAAUACUUUAUUUCUCUUAAUACAUGAUUCCAGGCCACCAUCUCUUGCCGUAUAACCUCGCAUCAGUGCAGUCUUCCUUCCCCACCCUUUUACUAGCGCUCAGUUGAGAGUCUUGUUGGCUCACGUUGUUCAUCUGAGUUCUCCAGGGACAACUGUACUUCUGGGUGCAAGUCUGCCAACCGUCCAGCCUCUGCAGAGGUGCACAACUGCAUUGCUCUGUACUGCAAGCUUUUUAUGCUACAGCGAGACACUCUGUUCUUUGAGACUAAACUCUUAAAAGCAAUACAAAUUAGCUUAUACUUAGGUAGCGAAGCAUCUGCAUGCUUUGAAUACAGAUGGAACUUAAGGGGUUGUUUAUCCUGCAAGAAGCAGUGCAGAACAGAGCAAUAGAAGGAGGUGAUCUCUAGGGAAAUGCCCAUGCAAGGCAGGGUGGGCAGGUUCUCACUGUUCCAGAAAACCCCAAGAAUUAUUGUGAACGGCCUUAAAAUAUUCAAAUAUAGCUCCACAAUCUGGUGAAUAUAAAAACUCAAGCACCAAAGUGCCUUGGCGGGAGAGCUUUGAAUUUGGCCCUGAAAUAACUCCUCAAUUAGGGCAUAGAAAUCAUCCAGCCCAGAAGAACUCCACGCCUGUGUUGUGGAAAUGUGCUAGCUGACUGUCCUAUGAAUAUCUUUAGGUGAAUAAAUCUCUAUAGAUUGAGCUAGAAGUGGCAUGGAGCUUAGGACCCUCGUACCUAUGGGACUGCCUCUCCUGGUAUGCCCCGCAGAGGACCUUAAGAUCCAUAAAUAGCAACACCCUAGAGGUCCCGGGCCCUAAGGAAGUCAGGUUAGCCUCAACCAGAGCCAGGGCCUUUUCAACACUGGCUCUGGCCUGGUGGAAUGCUCUGUCUCAUGAGACCAGGGCCCUGCAGGAUCUGAUUUCUUUCUGCAGGGCCUGUAAGACAGAGUUGUUCCACCUGGCCUUUGGCUUGGAAUCAACUUGAUCCCCUCCCCCUCUUUCCUUUUUCCUUUCUCCUUCUGUGAUGGAACUCCCAUUUGGGGACUUCCCUGGCUUUUUUCUGGACCAGUCUGGAUAGUUGGCCUUGGUGAAGAUUUGACGUUUUCAUCCCCCAAAAGUUUUUGAUUUGAGUUUCUACUGAAAUGAGGCUGCAUUUUAAUGUUGUAUUUUAAUCUUGUUUUUAAGUUGUAUUUUAAUCAAUUGUUUUUAUACCUGGUGUUAGCCGCCCUGAGCCCGGUCUUGGCUGGCUGGGGAGAGCAGAGUAUAAAUAAAUAAAUAAAUUAUUAUUAUUAUUAUUAUUAUUAUUAUUAUUAUUAUUAGUGAGGAAACAUUGCAGGGUCAGUGAAGUGGGGUUGGGCCUUUGGGAUAGGGGCAGAAACAGUUCCAAAGCCUGACGCCAUACCAGUCUUAAGCCUGGAAGGAGCUGAAUGUUUAUUAAUGCCUAGGGCAUGUGGGGUGGUCUGCCUCUGUAUCCCAGUUGCUGCAGAUCACAAGUAGGGAAAGGGCUGUUGUGCCCAAGUCCUGGGCACCUGGUUGACCACUCUGAGAACAGAAUGUAGAAUUAGAUGCAUGAAUCCAACAGGGCUUUCCUUUGCUUCGGUUGACAAUGCUUUGUCCUUCUGGGUGAUGUAAGGGACCAUUUAUGUUGUGAAAGAGGCCGGCACUGGCUCUCUUUUAGAACAGAAACGGGUGUGGUCUUCUGCAGAGACUUCUGCCGCUUUGGUGUCGGUUGGCUCUUAGCUUUGUCUGUGUGUGAUUCUCUAGGACGCCCUCAUCUGCUUCCAAAUCUUCAGCGCCUCCACCGCCGGCCAGCAGCGCCUUUGUCAAACCCUUGCCCAGCUUCAAAUCAUGCUGCCUCUCUGCCGCCCCUCUGCCGCCACCUGCGGUGCCCAAAGAGGCACUGAGCCACUCUUGCCCAGACCGGGACAAGAGGCCUUUCCUUGCCAGCUCCAAGAAGAGGAAAAGGAAGCGUAGCCUCUCGGAGGACGAACAAGGCACCCAUUGCAUCCCAAGCACACGAACCAUUGGUGCAGGGGGAACCUGCCUCUCCAACCCACCCAGGAAGAAGAGGCAACUCGAGGAAAACGGCAGGCCUGGAGACUCCUCUCCUGAACCGGAAUCUGACUUGGUGGCAGCCAGGAAGGGAGAGGAAGAGGGAAUAGCUGGAGGCUGCAAGGUAGCAGAUCCUAGUCUAGCUAAUUCCACCCAAAAGAGGAAAAAGAAGAAAAAGAAAAGGAAGCUGCAGCAAACAGAGGAAGACUGUAAGCCUUUGCUGUCCCCUGUGAACAGGUGAGUGUUUGCUUGGUUGUCUUUUCUAGGGGAAGGGCUUUGCUUGGAGAGAGAAACAUGAGCACUUGACAUCUCCACCAUCUGGAGGUGCAUGCCUGGGGAUCCUUGGAUCUUGACUGUUUUCACACACUAAUGCCUCAUCCUGUAGAAUUCUAUCGGUUAUAUUUUAUCUGUGCAAUCGGAAUGAAUUUCAGGAACCAACAUGUCUUUUCUGUGCAGCCAGAACAGGAGCAGUGAACAGCGUUAUAGGCUUGUCUUCACUUAACCCACCCCACUGCCUGCUCAGUUAUGAAGCAUAUUCUUAUGUUAUGAAUGGUCUGUUGUCACCAUUAGGGAAAAAGAGGUCAGAAAUAGGCCACUGUAUAUGUGGACUGUCCCUGGAUCAAGUAACUUUCCUUAAGUUCUCAAAACUCUUAACCUAGCUCAAGGUUGUCAUCUGAACUAGCCAGAUGUUUAACUGCGAAUCACUCAAGUCAAUCCAUCAUUUGAAAAAUAAGGCUUGCCAUCUUGCCCAAAAAUGGCAACUGGACAUUCCAUUUUGGCGACUUUAACCUUGGUCUGAGGAGCCAUUUGGCGCCUAGGCUUAUAUAUCUGGCUUUCUAACACUGUUGGGAUGGCAAGCCAUGAAGACUUAGACUAAGCUCUCAGACCCCUCUGUGAAUUGCUAGGUUGCUUACAUUGCUAGGUAGGAGUGUGUUUCCUUGUUACCUGUGUCUCAAGGGUCUUUGGGCCUCUCCCCUGCCCCCCCAUCACCUUCAAUAAUAAUAAUAAUAAAAAUAAAUAAUAAAACAAGUGGAGCCUUUGAGCCUAGUGGAACCAAGCGUUGCCCUGUGUUUACACAAGUCCUUCCUGCUGCCUUUUGGACCAAUGUUUUGCAUAAUCCUGGCCCUUCCUGUCUGGUUGACCAUCUUCUUUCCUCCCCUUUAAAGGACUGUGCCUACAAACCUGAGGCACUUAUUUUUGAGGCUUCAAUCCUGUGCAAGCUCAAUUGGGAGUAAACUCUGCUAAGCAGAGUGGGCGGUCUCCUGAGUAGAGAUGUAGAUGUAUUAAACAGGCCAAAAGGUACAGCUCAAUAAUUUUGAUAAGAAGAAAGCAAGCACAGCAUAUAGUUCAGUUCCCCCAAAAGUUCCUCUUCCUUGCCCCUCUAAAAUGAAAACUCUGAGGAAGGGGGAAGUUUGCCUCCCAGAUUUCCAGAAGCCUGGUGCUUCUUAUCUGUGUAUAACUAAAAAUAGGUUUUGGGAUUCUGCCGCUGCUACUGGUACAGACUGCGGGGCGUUUUGCUCAAAUGCAUUUUGCAGAAUAUACAUCUGCCUAGAGAUGAAACUGACGCUUUCUGACUGGCAUCUCUCUGUACGCCUGAUCCUUUUAAGCAAGAUCAUGUAGCUGAAGGCUAGGCUUGCCAUACAGCAGGAAAAUUCCUGAUAUGUCCUCGCUUUCAGGUGUAAAAAUGGUGUCAGGGGAAUUUUGCCGAAUUGCCAAAAUGUCUGGGAAAACCCGGGUGUCAGGCAACACGAUGGAAAAAGCAGCAGAAACAGCUCCAAAAGCUGAGAAUCACUAUUUUGGGGGGCAGUUUCCCCCCAAAAGCUCAACUUUUUGAAAUAAUGCAACCCUACUGAAGGCUAAAUCUGGACCCUCUCAGAAACAUGGGCUGCUGGUUGCUGGAUAAGACAUGGAAAAUUGGAAAGGAAAGGAAAUCAUAUAAAUAUGCUUAAUUUUUCUGAGUGCUAGUCCUUAUGUGGCCCCAAACAGCACCAUAUUGGCACAGAUAUAUUAGGCGUGGGGUGACCUCAAGGUUUACAGAAGGAAAAACAGUAGGGGGGAGAGCCCCGGAAUAGCCCAGUAAGGACUGAGCAUGCUCAGUACCAAAUAAUGCUGACUGGUUCUUUGCGGGGAGGGGGAUGGACUAAAUAUCUGGGAAGAGGGGCAUGUUUAGCUGGCUGGAAUCCUGAACUGGAACACCCACCCACCCCAGUUCAGCAUUUUGUUGUGAGACUUCGCUCGCAUGUAUAGCAGUCUUCAUCUUUAGAACCUGCAUAUAAAUACAUGAUGAGCCCUUUUGUGCCCUAUUUCAUUCUUUUAUGCAGAAAGUUCAGUUUUGAUGGAGGCCGUUUUAAGAGACUGGUUUUUAUUUUUACCUAUUUAUUAGAUUCAUAUACCGCCCUUCAUCAUAAGAUCUCCGGGUGACUCACAGAAUAAAAAACAGGAUAAAAACAAGUAAAUAAGUAAAACGAAACAUCAAAACAAUACCCCACCCUUUCCCACAGACACAUUUAAAAGGCGGUAGAGUAUUAAUCAGCCAAAGGCCUGGUUGAAGAGGAAUGUUUUCACCAGGUGCCUAAAUAUAUAUAUAUUGAAGGCACCAGGCGAACCUCCCUAGGGUGACUAUUCAACAAACAGGGAGCCACCACAGAGAUAUUGCCACCCUCUGUACCCCAAAUGGAGGGGGCACACAAAGAAGGGCCUCAGAUGAUGAUCUCAGAGUCCAUUUGGGUUCAUAUGGGGAAAGGGUCCUUGGGGUGGUAUUCUUUGUACUUUCUCAUUGCAUUCAGAUACAGUUUUAAAGCAGGUUAUUUUAAAGCAAUGGCUGCUGAUUGUACUUUUUUCUGGGUGGGUGGGAGGAACAGUUCUAACUUUAAAAAAAUAAAUGAAUAAAACCAAAGGGGUUGGCUGAUGUUUUUUAAUCCAUUUUGCAGCUGCCCUCCACAGCGCGAGGCAGAAGCCUGCCUAAUAGCCCAUGAGCCGGUGGAGGAGUCCUGUAGCCUGAAGAAGAAGAAAAAAAAGCAGCAGCAGCAGCAGCUUCCUUGCCCAGCUUCGGACAGCGGCAGCCCUGCUGGAGAGAGCGAGCACCGAAAGCACAAGAGGAGGGAGAAGCAGGGGGGCUCUGUGCCAGAGGCCAGCAGCCCCCAAGAAGAACAGAGAGAAAAUGGUCUUUCCUCUGCUAGAAUCAGCCCCCCAGGUUUGAGACAUAUCUAUAUCUUAGCUGGGUGUGUGUGCGGAGAAAGGAGAUUUAGAGUGGGGGACGAUGUACCCCCCAGUUCAGAUCAGCUCCUAGAAUGGGCAUAGGGGAGCUUGGACUUGCUGCAGUUCUAAACUAGGCUGAGCUGCCAUCAGCUCCACUGUAUCUGUGAAGAGCAGUAGUGACACUUGCUCCGAACCCAGAGCUCUUUUUGGGACGCGGAAGAACUGUUACCUAUUUAUAUAUUUAUAUUUACACACACACACACACACACGGUUUCCUUAUGUCCAAACAAAAGCAAUAUAGGUGCCUAACUGUCAGGACUGGUCAUUGUCCUCUUCAGAUCACCACACAAACACUUCUUGUUCUUUUAUAACCUUUUAUUGUGUAUUAACAAACAAUCUUAUAAACUGUUCUUAUCUUUAGCUAUUAUUCCUCAGAGUCACUUAUUUCAGAUACCUUCUGAGCUCUGCUUCUCCAUGACCAGCAACUCUCAAAAUGGCGAACGCGUCGUUCCUUUCGCUUUCCCGCUCUUUUUUCUAACCUCCUCGCUAUAGCUGGCUUGUAUCUCCUCUCCUCCAAAUCUGAGCUAUAUUAGAUUCACUGCUCUCCUCCCUCCCUCAGGGAAAACUUUCUCCCUCUGGGAAACUGGAAACUUCUAACUCUUAACUCUUCCCUGACACUAACUACCCAGCAACUAUGUAGAAUGUGGUUGUGGGUUUUCUCCCAAGGUUCCCUCUGCUUUUGUCCCAAGGCUUCAUAGCCUCUGCCUGUUUAGUUUGUGCACACCGGGCGUCUCUUCCUAGGCAUGCAGAUGAGCUCAGAUGUAACCCCCACAGCUCUGACAUGUUGGCGCCUAACAGCCUAAGCUCAGUUAAACAAGCCAUUGUGAUUAAUUCUGGGUGCAAACCCUAGGAACUUGUGCAGUAUUGUGGUUGGUGGGAAUGUUCCAAUAGUCUGUUGGUGUCUUGCAGGUGUUUUCCCCCUGCAGGUGUAAGUGAGCAUUUUUACCUUGGCCUGUGGACCACUGGGAAUGCAAAUCAUACACCUGUUCCUGGGGUUGUGUUUCUUUUCAGUUCUGUUCCCUUGGUUUCCCUGGCACUGCUGCAGAGUGGCAGGUCAGAUUUGCUGCACGACAUGAUUGUGCCAAUACUUCUUACCACGCACCCUUCCUUCUUUCCACAGUGGCCUUGACCUGGACUGGCAGCCAGCUUAGACAUGGGGACAAGUGCUCCUGGAACAUCCCAAGUCCAAAGAAGGAAGUGAUACAUCAGAAGCAUGAACAGUUUGAUGUGGUCCAGGAGCUGCUGAAGGAUUCUUCAGAUAAAGCUUAUGGAAAGCAAGGUAUAGUACUGCUUUAAGGAAAGGGGUCUUCCCGUAAACAGAUGAGGCCCUCCUGCUCCUGUGUUUUGGAAGGGGUUUUCUCCUCUUAAGCCACAGUAGGAAAACAAAUAAUGGAGAUCUUUGGCAUUCUCAAAAGGCACCCCGUGUUUUAUGAUAGAAGUGCAUGUAGAUAAGACAGUGUCCCUGUUUCUCUAUACGCUUCUGGUGAUAGCACCUUGCUGGCUUCUUCAAUGGAGAAAUGAGGAAAGGGCAGAGGGCUGGGAUAGUGAGGAAGGAUUGCCACCAGGGCCGGCCCACCUGUGAGGCAAGCUGAGGCAACUGCCUUGGACGGCAGGACCCACAGAGGCAGCAGAUAAAUGUGUUUUUGGUAUUUGGAUUGUUCUUACUAUAAAAUGAAAAUGAAAAACCACAGGGGCAGCAGAUCCUGAUGUAGAUUUUUAUUCCCCUCCCUGUUCCUGAUGUAGAUCUUCACUCAUCCAUUCUUCCCUGGUGGGGAGGGCGGCACCAUUUUGUGGUUUGCCUCAGGUGCUGAAAUGUCUUGGGCCGACCAUGUGUGCCACGACCCCCAGCUCUUCUUUGACAAUGUGUUUCCUCCACAGUGUUGACAUGGGAUGGCGAGGUGUCGGCCGUCAGCCAAGCUGCCAUGCAGGAUGCUGUAUGGUCUCAGAGCCAGACAGUCAUUGACGAUUGGGAUGAAGAGUUUGACAGUGGAAAGGUAAGAAGCCUAGCCUGUUGCAAGCCUAGCCUAGUGUGUUCAGUUGCUAGUUUGGAUUGCUUUUAAAACAGGCUUCCCAUCUUGAAAAGCAUAUAUUUCUUCAGCAUGCCUGCCCACUCACUUGUUGCUAGAUCAAAAUAUAUCUGCUUGCAUUUAUAAUAGAGCUGUUAUAUGACCUAUGAGCAUGAGCCAAAUUUUAGGCUGAGUGGGUGAUCCUAGUGAUAGUCAGGAAGACAUCUUUUGGAUCUCAGUCCCAUUGAUCACUUUCUGAUUGCCUCUGGGUUGUUAUUAUUUAAUUAGCUUUUGUCCAUCCCAGCAGCUGCUUUCUGGUGAGUAGAGUAGGGAGGGAAUGUCCUUUCUACGCUUCACUUGAUGUGGAUGGCAGCUUGGAUGCUAGAAGCUGGAACAACCACGCGUUCUUUCUUCUUGCCGUAGGUGAAGAAAAUCAAGAAACUCAAGCGUGAGCGGAGAAGAAAUGGCAACGCGUUCCAGAAACUGCAAAGCCGACGUAAUUUCUGGGCCGUGACACAUCCCGCUAAAGUUGCUAGCCUGAGCUAUUGGCUUUGA